AUGGGCGAUUUUGUAUUUUACAGUUUACUUGUUGGAAAAGUAGCAACAAGUCAAAGUGCAAUGUGUAUAAUAGGAGUAAUUGUUGGCAUUCUUGCUGGAUUAAUUAUAACGUUAACAGUUUUAUCAGAAAAUGAUAUAUUAUCACCAGCAUUACCACUUUCAUUAUCACUUGGAUUGGUCAUUCAUUUUUCUAUGGCAUAUUUUGGUGAAAAUUUUUAUAAACAAUUCUUUCAUCAACCAUUUUCUUUUAUUAUUAUUUAA